GUUAUUUCAUUCAUUCGCAAGCCAUGGUGGAGUGAAGAUGGCGGGUGCGAAGUCCAUUGAAGAUAUAUUUUCUUCUGAGGUUGACGAAAAGGAGGUAUCUGCGUUGGUUGGAUCUCUAGUAACAAAGUUAGCCCCACAGAAUCCCAAGGCAGCGUCUGGACCAUCACAAGAUGCCAUAGUGACAAGGAAUCAUGUCAACGACAACUCUUCCGUACGUGCACAAACUGGACCUGGCGGGCUAACAACAUUAAAACAAGCGGAGCCGGGGGUUUCAAUACACACGAAUGCGGCAAGGCAAACCAUGCAGGAUUCGCAUUUGGGCAACACAGGCACACCGACUGCGGGUCUCAAUCACGAUAAUGCGUCAAGUAAUGCUCAUAAAAAUGACAGUGCAGCUCAAGGAAAUGGUCAAAACAAUCACGGAAUUGGUUCUACCACUAUCGGUGAUAUUGUGAAAAGGGACUCGCAGUCACCAGCAAAUUCAAACAUGAUGACGAAGCCGCCAACGGCGACGACUGUUUCGGUGAGCCAACAGUCACCUGCGAUUGUGGCGCAGAUCACCGGAGCGGGCCUUCCAAAACCAAACGUAACGCCGAUCAGUAGAGCAGUUUCUGGUAAUGUAAUGAGUCAAAUUAGAACUUCAGUUGGCAAUGACCAACAAAUUGUUAAAGUUGUUUCAGUGCCUAGCAUGCCUAGUGCUGUGCAAAAUGCUAAUUCUACAAAACAUGAACUUGGUGCAACUGCCAUUGUGAAUUCUAAUGUAAACAGCUUGACUGGCACAGCCAAAGAGCAGCUUCUUGUAAGGCAACAAACAUUACCAAGUAAUGAUCAAUCAGGUGCAAUGAAACCCAGGAUUGUUGUUCAGCCAAACAUAUCAACAAUUCAGCAAGCAACUUCUGGAGUUGCAACAAUAUCUGGUGUUCCGUCGGGCAACAUGACACUGGGCAAUGCUAAUCAGAAAGUUGUGACGAUCAAUGUUGCUAAUCCAACCACCCCAAUGGGAGGGAGACCAGGACAAUAUGUAGUAAACACUGUUCCUGGAACUAAAGCUAUGUCGCCCCAGAUCAUAACGCAGACAAUUCGAAUGCCUAGCGGACAUCAUAUGAUUGCUCCUAGAGCGCAACUUGGUGGACAAGUUCAGAUCCGUCUGCCACCAGGUACUUCCUUGCCACCCGGAGUUGUACUUAUCAACAAAGGAGGAACGGUACAAGCCGUCAUGGGAAAUCCAGCUGCAAUUCAGGCUCAUGUAGCAGCAGGAGCUCCAGGAAUGACGUAUAGGCAUGUUCAGCCGGGGAUAGUCACCUCUACAGCUCAGCAAGGGAGGGUCCUAACAUCAGUUGGUGGUAGCACUUCAGCCAUUGUAAGCAGUCCUCAAGUUUCAACAACCCGAUCAGGUUCACCUGUAAUCAUUGCCUCUGGUUCACCGACAGUGUUUAGAGGGGCUACAUCUGCAAAUGCAUCAUUACAACAAAGCGCAUUACCGGCAAAGGCCGCAGGAAAGAGUCAGGGUAGCUCUUCAUCCAGCUCUGGGGGUCAGCUGUCAAGCUCAGCCAUGGAUAAUGUGAAGAAAUGCAGGAACUUUCUGACAACUUUGAUCAAACUAGCUUCCAAUGCAAAUCAGCCACCGGAGACUGUUCAAAAUGUCAAGAUGCUGGUUCAGAACCUCAUUGAUGCCAAAAUUGAACCAGAGGAGUUUACUCUCAAACUUCAGAAGGAGCUCAACUCUUCACCACAGCCAUAUCUUGUGCCUUUCCUUAAGAGGAGUUUACCUCUAUUGAGACAAACCCUGCAGCGAGGAACUUCAGGGUCUAACAUCUCGACCCUGAUGGGACCUUUACCAGCCUCUGUAGCAGCCUCAGCCAGUGGAUCAGCUACUGCUGCUACUCCUGUCAAGCCUGGCAUCACCAAGAUCACACCAUCAGCAGCAGCAUCUAUGGCUGCAGCAGCAGAUGGAAAGGGUAGUAAACAGUCGCAGCAAGCCUCUCAAAAGCAUUCGUCCAGUAAGAACUCCAGGGCCAGUUCUCCUGGUCGCUCUCUAAGCCCUCAAGCAAAACCUGGUGUGAGCAAGUCAUCCAAAGCAUCAUCACAGUCAUCGAGCAAGCCAUCACGGUCAUCGGGUAGUAAAAGUAGUUCCAGCAAGUCUUCAGGAGGAAAAGCUACACCUUCUAGAAAAGACAAGAGUAAAGAUACAUCUGCAAGCUUUAGUCGGGACGAUGACGAUAUCAAUGAUGUAGCAUCAAUGGCUGGUGUGAAUCUAUCAGAGGAGAGUGCUCGUAUUCUUGCCACCAACGAAGCCUUUGUAGGCACCCAGCUCAGGUCAUGUGAAGAUGAGAAGUUCCUCCACAAAACACCUCUACAGCAUUGCAUGAGUAAAAUAUGUACAAAGCAUGGGAUUUCUGAUGCUGCACCGGCCGUCUUAGACGUUGUUUCACUGGCAGUUCAAGAAAGAUUAAAAAAAGUUGUUGAGCAGCUGAGUGUUAUAUCACAGCAUAGAUUAGAGAUAUAUAGGAAUGAUACAAGAUAUGAACCAAUAAAUGAUGUACGGUCACAGCUGAAGUUCUUCGAGCAGCUAGAUGCAUUAGAAAGAAAAAGGAGAGAUGAGCAGGAAAGAGAAAUACUUCUCAGAGCAGCUAAGAGUCGUUCAAAACAAGAGGACCCUGAGCAGCUAAGAUUGAAGCAGAAAGCAAAAGAGAUGCAACAAAUGGAAUUAGAGCAGGUGAGACAGGCGGAAGCUAAUCUUACAGCCUUGGCAGCCAUUGGUCCUAGGAAGAAGAGGAAACUAGAUUCACCAACUCCUAGCUCAUCUCAGGGUGGUGCUAGUGGAUCAUCAUCAUCAUCAUCAUUAUUAAGUACCUUGAACUCUCCAAGCUCCAAUACAACUCCAUUCCUAAGAACACAGUUUCGUCGCACGAAGAGAGUAAACAUGAAGGAUUUACUGUACCUAAUGGAGCAAGAACCAGAAACCAAAAAAUCCCAUCUACUCUACAAGAUGUACCUCAAAUGAUCUGUUACAAUGGAAGAGGUAUCAUCCAGCUACAGAUGUCUGCUAGUUCCCAAAGACCACCGUUAUCCUACAAUAAUACUGUCCAGGUAUUGAAGAUACUGUACCAGCCAAGAGAGAUCAUCCAUGGGGCUGAUAUGCCCAAGACUUCGAUGAUUUAGCUCGUUCAGAUGUAGCAUGGCUAUUGCUAUUGUAUGGAUGGCUUUUGGUUUGACGUCACUGCAAGGAAUCAACAGGCUCGUGCACAUCAUUUUGCAAGGUUUAUCUGACAUAGAAUAUGCAGCACCAAGUGGAAGGAAGCCAUGCUCUUCAGCUCUGUAUUCCUCAAAAACGGAAGGGUGCUGUAGAAUUGAUAUCAUCCAAUGUAAUCUAUGACUAUGAUUGCCUUAGCUCCUAUGCGUCUUCAGAUAAUCCAACUAAGUCAGGCUUCGUUUUCUUUUAACAUUUCCAAUGGGUUUCUCCAUCUUGAGUUACCUUUGGGCCGAGUCUGUAAGGCUUUGAGGUAUGGAAGUCAAGAGAUCUUGCCUCAAUGUGGACAAAUCACCUACCUAAACUGGAGAGGAACUGAAUAUCGGUGUGGUGUAGUGCUCAGCUUUCUAUUCUCAGAUGCACAUAUCUUUCUCACAAUUGUAUCACUGUCAAGUUCACUGCUGAUUUUGACAAGAAAUGCAUAAGAUUGUUUUAGAAUGCUGAAAUACCAUAUUCUUUCUACCUGACCUAUAUUCUGUAGCUUUGCAUAUUUGGGAUCAGUGAUGUUAACAGAUUCAUUGUAUUCUGCUUUGUCAGAGAUGUUUUGUGAUUCGUACACUGCACAAUCUUAAUUUCUAGCAUAAAAUAACUCUUAUGGAUAUCGUUUAGAGUUCCUUCUUAGGGUAAUGGAUACAUCAUUGUAGUUAUGUUAGCUUCAGUUAAACAAAAAUUAUCUUAAGCUUCAGUUAAAAACAAGUUAAAACACAAAACCAAUCCCUAACAGAAAGGAAGCAUUAUAAAAAGCAUCUGGGUAGUGUGUAGUUAGGAUAAGAAAGACUAUUAAAAAAAAAAUCUUCAAAAGUGCGCCUUGAGCAUUUGCUUUCGAGUGAAUAUGGCGCCUUAGAAAUCUCAUACUUUAUUAUUAUUUUUAGUAGUAUUAUUACCAUAUUAUUAUUAAUAUUAUUAUUAUUAUCAUCAUCAUUAUUAUUAUUAUCGUUUCAAACAAUUGCUUCCUGCAUACAAGGUAUUUAAUAGAAUGAUAUGAUAAAGAUAGUCCAAUGAUCGUGCUAAUGCCAGUUUAAAAUCAGGAGCUAAACAUAUUUUUUUCCUAACAUUGUCAUGAUAUUUUUGAAUACCUGUGGUUCUGUUAUUUCCCCCUGAGUACCAGUAUAUUUUUCUUUUGUUUGACAUGAAAUGUCGCUCCUUUAACUAAGCACCAUCUAUAUUCAUUUACAAGUGUUUGCAAUAACCAGUGUAAUGACAUCUGAUUCUAAUUAUUUUAGGAUAAUUGUUUGGGAAUAAAAUUGUAAAAGUACACAUUAGCUGUUAAAAAGUGUAUAUCUAUGUUUUUUUGUUGACAGGUGACACUUGAUGGAACGUAUACAAAUAAUAAACUCCAUGCAAUAAUGAAAUGAAAAAAAACAAAAAAAACAGUUGGGUGCUAAACAAAUAAGUUACCAUUUCCGAAUAUAUGAACUCAUCAUAGUUUUAUUAGGAAAUAAACAUAUGCAUCAUUCAAGGUUACUGUCGUCAAGUUAUUGCUGUGAUUCAGGGAUUAAUAAGAAAAAUUUGUGUCAGAAAGAGGUUACAUACAGUGUACACCACUGGAAAAAUUGGGAAGAAUUCUGAGGGUGUGGUCACAUCUGUACAAGGUUAUCAAAAUAUUAUCCAUAUCUUAAUUCAGCCACAUGUUUUCCUUCAAUUUAUUAUCUUACAGAAAGCUUAUAUCAUACAGCCAAGGCCCUCUACUCUGUUCUUGUUUGUCACUCUUGAUAUUUGUGUAAGAACAUGUGCAGAAAGGCCCCUCAAAGAAGUUAACCGAUUCCCUCUAGAAAGUAAAAACCUUUGUAUAAAAUCCACCAAGACUAUGCAUUCUCUGUUUUCAUGAGAGAAAUUUUGAAUGAGUUGAUUUGAGAUGACAACUAUCAUUCAUCUAUGUUGCACAUGCACAAGAUGGUCAAAUCAAAUUCUUGCGGCCAUUGAUUCUCUGAUGGUGUAUCUUUGUAAAUGUUGGUUUUUACUGGAGAUUCUUGCGACCAUUGUGUGGUGUACCUCAAGAUAUCUCGCGGCAGAUGUACAGUUUUAACAAAUAGUAAUGAAUGUUUUCUAGAGUCAGCUUCUAGUUCUAAUUGUUUUCAUGAGUAAGUGUGAAGAGUAUAUUUAUAUUGCACUCUAAUCAUGUAAUCAAUUUUUCUGCAUUAUAUGUGUACACAAUCAAUUGUGAAUAAAAAUUACCUUUCUUUAUUUCCUAUUUUAGUGUAUGUGAUUUAUAUUCUUUAUGAAGUCCAGUUUACUCUAAAAACUAUAAAUCACUUCAUUUUCUGGCAAAUGACGAUGUACUUAGUGCAUUGCUCCGAAGAAGGCUCUCUGGUGUGUAUAAUAAAAUGGCUGUAAUGCUGUGUAGGAAUCAGUUUAACACCUCUUUAUUUGUCCAGGUUUUCCAUCAAUGCAAUAUGAAAGGGUACAAAACAUGCACCACAUCUUGCAUAAGUAGUUCACCAACAAAGCAUUAAUUUCUGUUCAUAAUUGGACAUGGCAGCAUUUUUUCUUUCAUUAUUUCCAAGAGCUACGCAAAGAAAAAAUUAAGUUCUUAGAUUGACUCGUCUUAUUUAGAUUUAGAGGUUGUUAAACAAACCUGGGGUAGGAGCAUACACAUGAUGAAUAGUUCUUAUUGACGGACUGAACUUUGUCUUUCCAAAAGUUAUGUGGCCUACUCGUUAUUAACAGUCCUAAUAAAGGAAUAAUAAAGAAGUUAAGAUGCAGAGAAAUUCAAAUUACUUGCAAGUUUGUUUAUUUGGUGCUUUUCAAUUUGUUUACACUACUAGAAUUACAAGCCAUUUUUGAAAAAACUGGGUUUCAUUAAUUUUUGUUAUGAGGAAUACUUAAGAUAUGAACUUAUUUUAUUCUUUGAAAGUGCAGAAUGGAUUCUUUUGAGAUCAAGCAACAAAUUUAUUCUAAACAUAAUAAUGGACAUUAAUUUCUUGUCCCAUGGAUUGAAGAACAUAGCGCCUAUUAUCAUGGUAUUGUUGGAAUGUGUAUAAUUUCAGUUUGGAUGUCUUAUAUUCUUACAUUUGUAUAUAGCUCUGAAAAUUAUCAAAACACUAUAUCUAUAUUUUCCUUCAUUUUGUAUUUAUGAUAUACAUGUUAGUUAAUCUGAAAAUGCUAAUCACAUUUGUAUUUCCAGGCUUUCAGUUGCCCAGGUUGAAUUUUGUAUAAAAUCUGUUUCUAUUUUUGAGCAAAGAAAGUGAAAGUUGUUUUGAUGAGUAAAGAAAACCAGGUGAUGUUUUUUUUGUGAUUUUGCAUUGUUGUUUUGUGUUCUGUUAGGGACGUCCAGUAGGUUAGUCCUUGGGUGUAAAAGUAGUCCAGGGGACGGGAUACCUGUUAAAGCAGGCAUGCCUGGUUGUAAGAAUACAUGCAGCCUAUGUUUAGUAAAAGCACUAUAUUUUUGCUCAGUUUCAUAGUAUGACCCCUACAUUGUACCCCAAACUAAUUGAGCAUUACUGUAUACUGAUGUUUGAUUGCUUUCUGCUAUUUUGGGGGUAUGCAUAAUUGCAAAGAGAUUUCAUUCUUCUUAUAUUUUAUGCCAAAGUAGACACAAACACAGAUACCAGAGGAUAUGCAUAUAUGCAACAUAUGAAGAGUUCCCAAAUGUUCAAUUUACCCGUAGAAGAAUUUCCACAAAAUUAUUCAAUAUUAUUUCUUUGCACAAUGUAUAAGGAGUUGACUUUCAAAAGUACAUGUUUAUAUACUAGAAUCACAUCUAAUGUAUUUUUGUAAAACUGAAAAUGGUUGUAAUCAAAAUGAAAAUACAAAAACUAUGUUCUUUUAAAGAGCUUUAGUUUGUGUGAGAUUACUUUCUUUAUAAAAUGGUAAUUAUCAUGAUAUUGAAAACAUGUUUAAUAUUCUAUGUUCCUCUGGGAACGAAAUGGAAGUAGCUGGUUACAUAUUAUAUGGUGCUAGAUUCACAGGCCAGUUGACAUUUGAGAUAGUACAAUUGAAAUAGUACCCUGUAAUAAAGAAGCAACAUCUUGA